CAAUCACUGCCUCGCCCAAUCAGCGAGCGGCGCCGGCCUCGCGCAGCCAAUGGGCGCUGGGCUUUGGGGCGGGGCGCGGGCAUGGCGGACCUGAGCGGCGGCAGCGAGGCCGUGCCCGUGGAGCUGUGGCCGCCCGGGGAGGCCCCGCCGGCCUUCCAGUACAGCCCCGACAGCGUGGCCGGAGCAGACGGAGAGCUGGACCCCACCGAGGUCACCUUCCCGGGCUGCCCGUGCCGCAGCCGCUCCUGCGCGCCGCCCGCCUGCCCCUGCCUGCCCCGCGGCCACGGCCACGGCCGCCUGGGCCUGGGGCUGCCCGAGCAGCAGCAGCCCUUCUCCAGGCCCGUGUUCGAGUGCAACAGCCUGUGCGGCUGCGGGGAGGGCUGCUGCAACAGGCUGGUGCAGCGCGGGCUGCGGCUGCGGCUGCAGGUGUUCCGCACGCGCUGCAAGGGCUGGGGCGUGCGCGCGAUGGAGCCCAUCCCCGCGGGCAGCUUCGUGUGCGAGUACGCCGGGGAGGUGCUGGGCUCCGCUGAGGCCCAGAGGAGGAUCCGGGCCCAGGCUCCACAAGAGCCCAACUACAUCAUCGCCGUGAGGGAGCACCUGCACGACGGGCGGCUCCUGGAGACCUUCGUGGACCCCACGCGCGUCGGGAACGUGGGCAGGUUCCUGAACCACUCCUGCGAGCCCAACCUCGUCAUGGUGCCCGUCAGGGUGGACUCCAUGGUGCCCAGGCUGGCGCUGUUUGCAGCUGCUGAUAUUUCUGCUGGAGAGGAACUUUGCUAUGAUUACUCUGGAAGAUUCCAUAAUUCACCAGGAGCUAGCACAGAACACAAACCUCUGGAGGAAGAGAACAGCCUGAGAAAACCCUGCUACUGUGGCUCCCGCACGUGUGCUUCCUUCUUGCCUUGGGACAGCUCCCUCUUCUCCACACCAGCAACUUCUCCAUAGCCUUUCAGCCUUAAACACACCUAAAAAAUACUAUUUUCUCUAGCAGUUAAAUAAAACUCUUUGUGUUCCAACAAGGAAGCACAUGUGGGUUUGAAGAGCAGCAAAGAGACAUGGUUUUGAGAAUUAAUUUUGUGCAAAACCCUUUUCAAGGUGGAUAGUACAAGAGUUUAUUGGAGCUUUGAGAUGUUCCAAAAUCAGUGACUAGGCCAGGCCUGGUGGUUUUGUCUGGUUAUCUCUGACAGCUUGGUGUAUGUUAAAGCAGCUCUCCUAGUUUGUAUCCUUCAGAAAGGGUUUGUACCUUUGGCAUUUGUACAUGGACAGGACAUGUGAUAACAGCAAGGGACUGACAGUGGCACAAGAAAAUGACACAUGAACCAUGACUCCUGCAAGAAAGGCAUUAGGUUUCUUAAAAUUCAUUAAAUUAUUAUUUUCAAA